AUGACACAAGUCGGUCCGGUCGCAUCCGACAAAACGUUACCUCCACUAUUCGUUAUACCAAUUUACUCGGCGGAUAAUAGGACUGUAAUGGAAUCUACGGCAUCUCCUGGCGAAAGACUUUCUAUUGCAACGCCCAAACCGAAUGAUGGGCUGCAGACGGAACAUUCGCCCUUAUCACCAACUGCCUCAAUCGAGCAUGGAAGCAGGGCCGGAGCUACCUCAUCAAGCCGCGGUGGUGAUCAGAAACAUAUCCCUAAACCCCUCCGCAACAACAGUCAACUACAGAGUCGACGUCCUUCUUUGCACAAGCCAUUGUCGCCCCGCCCCAUGACAAUAUUUCAUCCUCGGCCAUAUGAGGACAUUUAUGCUGAGCAGGCCUAUUUGAGCAUCACCCUCCAGGCGUACACCGCCAAGCUUAGCGACUUAAUAACCAAAUAUUCCUUGACAGAAGAGGAAUCCGUGCACGGGGAGUCAAGAAAGUGCAAGCGAAAGGCGAGGAAAGAACUCGGUGUCUUGCGUGGCCAACUGAUUCACGCGGCCGGCCAAGAGCAGGCUAUAUUUACAAGACUAGGGGAACUGUAUGUGGAGGCGAAGAGCCGCGACACAUGGAACAUUGCCCACAGACAUCGCUCGCGGCUUCCCAGGCGUCCGUCAGGCCAACCUAGUGAGGAUAUGAUGCGACGUGCGUCAAAGUCGAGUCUCAAUGGCGCGACGCCAGAAUUCAUCCCUGCGAAGGACCCGUUGCAAAACCAGGGGCAAGGGAAUCGGCUUCCGGACAGCCCAAAUACCAGCGACGAUGAAUACAGCAGGGUCGAGAGUGAGAUGUCGGGAAAUACCCUCUGUGGGCUGCAGUUGGAAUUGACGCUCAGGGGGAGGGACAACGAAGAGACUGCGAGACGACGACGACCACGCAGCACGUCUCAGGAUGCUCAGUAUUCAAUAGUCACCAAGGAGAGAAGGCUCAGUUUGCCCACCCGGUUAGAUUCGACGUGUCCACUAUGGCUAAUAACAUGA